GAGCACGAGCGCGUGCGCGUGCACGGCAGCGCGCGUCCGCCCCGUGGCGAGAGGCUCCGCCUUGCCGCCCCGCCCCCGCCGGCCUUCCAGUCUCCUGCUACCUUCCCGCAGCCGAGAAUCCCGGCACCCGCGCGUUCCGCGGCCAUGGAGAUACCCGGGAGCCUGUGCAAGAAAGUGAAGCUGAGCAAUAACGCGCAGAACUGGGGGAUGCAGAGAGCAACUAAUGUUACCUAUCAAGCCCACCAUGUCAGCCGGAACAAGAGAGGGCAGGUGGUGGGGACCAGAGGUGGCUUUCGUGGUUGCACAGUUUGGCUAACAGGCUUGUCUGGAGCAGGGAAGACUACCGUGAGCAUGGCUUUGGAGGAAUACUUGGUUUGCCAUGGGAUUCCAUGCUACACUUUGGAUGGGGACAAUAUUCGUCAGGGUCUCAAUAAGAAUCUUGGCUUUAGUCCUGAAGACAGAGAAGAGAAUGUCCGACGCAUUGCAGAGGUUGCUAAGCUGUUUGCAGAUGCUGGCUUGGUGUGCAUUACGAGUUUCAUCUCGCCUUAUACACAGGAUCGCAACAACGCAAGGCAAAUCCACGAGGGCGCGAGUUUACCCUUUUUUGAAGUAUUUGUUGAUGCUCCUCUGCAUGUUUGUGAACAAAGGGAUGUCAAAGGACUCUACAAAAAAGCACGGGCAGGAGAAAUUAAAGGUUUCACUGGGAUUGAUUCUGAAUAUGAAAAACCAGAGGCCCCUGAAUUGGUGCUGAAAACAGACUCCUGUGAUGUAAAUGACUGUGUCCAGCAGGUUGUGGAACUUCUACAGGAACGGGAUAUUGUACCUGUGGAUGCCUCUUACGAAGUAAAAGAACUGUAUGUGCCAGAAAACAAACUUCACUUGGCGAAGACAGAUGCAGAAACAUUACCAGCAUUGAAAAUUAAUAAAGUGGAUAUGCAGUGGGUGCAGGUUUUGGCAGAAGGUUGGGCAACCCCCUUGAAUGGCUUUAUGAGAGAGAGGGAGUACUUACAGUGCCUUCAUUUUGAUUGUCUUCUGGAUGGAGGCGUCAUUAACCUGUCAGUGCCCAUAGUUCUGACAGCUACUCACGAAGAGAAAGAGAGGCUGGACGGCUGCACGGCCUUCGCUCUGGUCUAUGAGGGCCGCCGCGUGGCUAUUCUUCGCAAUCCAGAAUUCUUUGAACACAGGAAAGAGGAGCGCUGUGCCAGACAGUGGGGGACAACAUGCAAGAACCACCCCUACAUCAAGAUGGUUCUGGAACAAGGAGAUUGGCUGAUUGGUGGAGAUCUUCAGGUCCUGGACCGAAUUUAUUGGAACGAUGGUCUCGAUCAGUACCGUCUCACUCCUACUGAGCUAAAGCAGAAGUUUAAAGACAUGAAUGCUGAUGCUGUCUUUGCAUUUCAAUUGCGCAACCCAGUACACAACGGACAUGCUCUGUUAAUGCAGGAUACCCAUAAACAACUUCUGGAGAGGGGCUACCGGCGCCCAGUCCUCCUCCUUCACCCUCUUGGCGGCUGGACAAAGGAUGACGAUGUUCCUUUGAUGUGGCGUAUGAAGCAACAUGCCGCCGUGCUGGAGGAAGGGAUCCUGACUCCCGAAACCACAGUGGUGGCCAUCUUCCCGUCUCCCAUGAUGUAUGCUGGACCGACUGAGGUCCAGUGGCAUUGCAGAGCACGGAUGGUUGCAGGAGCCAAUUUUUACAUUGUUGGCCGAGACCCCGCUGGGAUGCCUCAUCCAGAAACAGGGAAGGAUCUUUAUGAGCCAACUCAUGGUGCCAAAGUGCUGACAAUGGCCCCUGGUCUAAUCACCCUGGAAAUAGUUCCCUUUCGAGUUGCAGCUUACAACAAGAAAAAGAAGCGUAUGGAUUACUAUGAGUCUGAACACCAUGAAGACUUUGAGUUUAUUUCAGGAACACGAAUGCGCAAACUUGCUCGAGAAGGUCAGAAACCUCCAGAGGGUUUCAUGGCUCCCAAAGCUUGGACUGUGCUGACGGAAUACUACAAAUCCUUAGAGAAGGCCUAGGCUAUUAACCCAGUUACUCUAUCUUGGAUGCUUCACUGCGUAACAAAAGGGGACCAUAUAGUCAUUAUUGCAUUUAUUUGUGGUGGUGUCUGUCUGGAUGUGCUUUCUAAAAACAGGACCAUUCUCCUUAACUAGCGUCGGCUUUGGUCUGCCUUAUGAGUUCUGUUGGAACUAAUGUAACACCCUGCUGGUUUUAAUGUAUCUUUUCUGCUUAUUACAGUUAUAUUCCUACAAUGCAAUUUUAAAAUUUUAUCUUUUUAUAUUAUAUUUAUGCUUCUGUUUCAUAAUUUUUUCAAGCUGUUAUAUUAAUUACAAUCGGUGUACACACAUCGAAUCUCACUUUUCAUUCUUGAAAAAGACUAAACCAUAAACUUGGCUAGGCCUUGUUUGGGGAAUUUAACAAGACAUCUGUAGCAAUUAGAUUUUUUUUUUCUGUACUGAAAGUAGAAACUGCUUUCUUUCUUCCUUACAGUCAGCUGUUGAUCUUUCGUCUGUUAGAAUCUAAAAUAUUCUUAUGAUCCAUGUAAGCUCUCAAUGAACUUCUUUAUCCAAUAAAAUUAAUUUUUUGGCUUCUUA